UAUGAUCUCCUUCCUAUUUUCUAGUGCGAGGCCGUGGUUGAAAACCCUACAUUCAUAUCCAUUUCAGACAUCUCCCCUCAAAUUUAGGGCUUUAUCCGCCAAGAUGCAGCUAUGAAUCAGAAUCACCAAUGGAGUCAAGUUGGAGCUCUGAAGAGAACAAGGCCUUUGAGAGAGCUUUGGUGGCGGUUCUCGACGAAACCGAUUUGCCUGAGCGAUGGAAGAAGGUAGCAGUCAUGGUUGGAGGAAAAAAGAGCCCUGAGGAGAUCAAAAAACAUUAUGAUGCACUUGUUCAGGACAUACAGUCGAUCGAUUCUGAUAAGGUUCCCAUACCCAGCUAUAGAACUCCUCAUAACUACAAAAUUCCUCAUACUUAUUCUGCUUGGGCCUCCGAAUCUGAAUAUAAAAUUCCUCAUACUUCUGCUUGGGCCUCCGAAUCUGAAGAACAAUAUAAAAUUCCUCAUACUUGUUCUGCUUGGGCCUCCGAAGCGUUCGAAUCUGAAGAACAGAGCAUGCCUAUAUUUGAAGGACCAAUGGAAUCAAGAAUAUUUGAAUCACCAAUGGAAUCAAGAAUUUCUGAAUCACCAAUGAAAUCAAGAAUAGUUGAAUCACCAAUGAAAUCAAGAUGCAGCUAUGAAUCAGAAUCACCAAUGGAGUCAAGUUGGAGCUCUGAAGAGAACAAGGCCUUUGAGAGCGCUUUGGUGGCGGUUCUCGACGAAACCGAUUUGCCUGAGCGAUGGAAGAAGGUAGCAGUCAUGGUUGGAGGAAAAAAGAGCCCUGAGGAGAUGAAAAAACAUUAUGAUGCACUUGUUCAGGACAUACAGUCGAUCGAUUCUGAUAAGGUUCCCAUAUCCAGCUAUAGAACUCCUCAUAACUACAAAAUUCCUCAUACUUAUUCUGCUUGGGCCUCCGAAUCUGAAUAUAAAAUUCCUCAUACUUGUUCUGCUUGGACCUCCGAAUCUGAAGAACAAUAUAAAAUUCCUCAUACUUGUUCUGCUUUGGCCUCCGAAGCGUUCGAAUCUGAAGAACAGAGGUAUGCUCUUUUUUUGUUUUCUCGUAAAAAGUAUUCAAUAACAUGCUCAUAACCACCUUAUUUUAUUAAAAGUAAAUUGUCGCUUUGAAUGCUUUCCCUCUCAGUCUCUCUGUCCUUGCAUUGAACGAUAGCAAAUCAUAUUUUAAGCAUUGUGCAGAAGAAUUUAUGAUAUAAUACGCACACUUUCUCUGAUUAAUGAGAAUUUGGCAGAGUAGUUUCCC